CCGCGAGGACAUUCCAGAAAAGACGACGCCUCAUUAACCGCUCUAAUAUUUAGCCUUUCAUUGAGCAGUGGGUUAUGGCGACACACACAGGAACAACUCCUCAGUGGAAAACAACGAUUAUAGUCAGCACUUCACUUCAGAGCCAUGACACAAGCAGGAUGCUAAGCGCUCAGCAGCACCGAAUCAGGUUUUCAGACGGUGUCGAGUCGGGAGCCUUCAUCUUCCCUCUGUCAGGUACUGCAUUUCUUUUGCUUGACCCUCAAGACCCCUUGGAGCAUUGUGAGGAAUCUGGACUCAUUGAGAGGAUAAAGACGUUUGUGCAAGUACACCGGAACAGCUUUCUUCUUCUAUACGCCCCCUUUAAUGGGAAGAAGGAAUUGGAAAUAUUGUCGGUGCUUCAAGACAGAUUUUCUGGCAGCAACCUCAGGAUCCUGCCUGUACGAAACAAUGCUGAGAUCGUCAAAGGAAUGUUGACUAUUGCCAAGGCCACCAGUAAGCCCCAUGUAGACAGUAUCCGCGACCGGAUGUCCCUGGCUCGGGCUCACAUCAUUGAGAACAGUCCUGUGUGGGAGAUGCUGAGAGACAUUCUAUGAGCUCACCAUAUGAUUCAGCAUUGUUUCACACACUUAACACUUGUGUUUAUUUGAUGCUAACUAUAGUGCACGCCUUAUACAAAAGCACAUUUAAAUCCAUGUUUAUCACAGUUUGUUCUAUUUUUACAUUCUUUUUGUAUUGGUCAAGCAGAGCACAUCAAAUAAACCUUCAUAGAAAUAUCCCAGCAGUCAGAGGUGACACCUCAGUUUAGUUUUUGGCUCUUCUGCUUUUCAUCUGUGAUCUCUUCAAUGCGGAAUAUAAGACUUUCCAUCAGGUCAAAUGUGACCAAAGCACUCUGCAACACCUGUGACACACGACAAUAGUCAGAUUGCUUGUCCUACAAAGGUUCACAUCCAAAUCAUUAUUAAUAGGAAAGACUGUUUCUGUACCUGGUGCUGGACCUCUGGGGACAUAUUUGACAUUUUCUCCUUUUUCACCGUUAUGCUUUUGACUAGUCGGCUGGAUCUGGCAGCAUCUCUGGCUUCUGGGGCGGAACAUAGAGAUAUUCCACAGUGUAUUUGAUCACCUUCUAUGCAAGGUUAUUUCAACGUCAUUGUGUUACACAGAUUAGGAGCUAUACUGUACCUCUGGCUUUUAUCUUUUGAUCCUGCCGCAGUGCCUUCAGUUCAGCAGCAUAAUAUCCUCUUGAUAUGCUGAUGCACACACGCAGCAUUUGUAGGUAUUCAUCUUUGAUCCUGCACAGCUUCUCCCACACAAUCUGAAGGUAGGAGGAGAAGAUGAUCAGCUUUGCGCAUUUACCAGGCAGGAGAGUAGUCUUAAGUAAUACAUUAGACUGACUUACAGUGCUCCUCAGGUCUGUGUCCCUGAUAAGGAGGUAGCGUAGAAGAUUCAGACUCUCCAUUAUCCUGGAUACAAAAGACAGGACUUAGUCUGCUUCAUGUGUACCAGUUCUCACAAUUACAGAGCCAAAAUGUCUAUCACUUCAUCACAUCCAAAAUAAAUGGUGUCACGAA